GUUCAUUCUGCCCCUCUACCAUGAUCGAGCAUGACCGCUGCCAUAACCUUGAGCCAAUUGCCUAUUCUUCCAUAAAUGCACAAUCCAUCUCCGGAUCCCUAUCCCCUGUCGCCGGCGUGGAAGUACAACCCUUGGCACCACUGCCUGAAUCACUUGAUCAUGAUUCUGGCACGAUCUCUGUAUCUCUCGAUGCGCAAUAUACCGUUCCCGGCUCAGCUGGUUCUAAAGCUGUAGCAGCCACCGGGCCAGAGUAUACCAACCCGGUGACUGCACUAGAACCACCAUCCCAGUCUACUACCCAGACGUCAGUCGCUUUGAACUCGGAUGGAUCAGUACUCUUGAGAGAAGAGACCACCAUUUCGACAGAAUCCGCUCUCAUCUCCAACUAUCAUAACCCAGCAUCGCAGAACGAUUCCCGAGUUUUCCAAGAGAAGCUGAAGAGUUUCCGGACAUUUAUAAUGCAGCUACAUCAGGACAAAAAGGAGUUACAAAUCAAAAUAGAGCAGUUGGAAGGACAGUUAGAGGAUGCAAAUCUAAAUUUGAACGACACCGAGUACAAGUUAAAAGACGAGAUUGCUCGUACCACGGAUCUCAAUCAACAACUUGAAAUCAACCGUCGUGAAACAGGGGAUCUGCGUCGUUCUCAUGCCCGACUCGAAGAAAAGAUCAAAGGAAGAGAGGAUGAUUGGAACAAGCGAGAGGAAGAGAAGAUGAGGGAACUAGCAAAUUUUAAGGCCGAACUGGGAGCCAAGGUGGCGGAGCUACAGGCGAUGGCUGACAGUCGGAGGGCAUUGGAAGAGGACUACUAUACGGCGGUCGCGACUAAUCGGUCAAGUUUGGAGCGCUGGGCUUACGAGAAGAAGGCAUUGGUGGAAGGUAUUGCAGAAUAUGCGAAAUCGUUAAAGCGGGUUCAAAGAAACGCGGAACAACGACAUCAGGAGGCGAAGUGGGAAUUUGAAGAACAACUCCGACAAAGCCAGGAAACUGAACAUGAAAUAAAAAGGGGCUUGGAAGCUGAAAUUACGCAGAUGAAAUAUACAGUUCAUCAGAUAGAAGAAAGGUGCCGUCUUCAAGAGCAGGAUAGCACGGAGAAAGAGAAGAUACUUCGACAACACCACGAGGAGAUUCUGACAGACUAUAAAGAUAAAAUUAUACGCGUGGAACAAUCGGUAGAAGAACUGAAACGCCAGAUUGAACAAUCGCGUCAGCUGCAGGGUGAAUGGCAAGCAAAGGCAGAGGCUCGCGAGGUCGAACUACGACAAAUCCGGAUGUCGUUGGAUGCCAAGACGAGAGCUUGUAAUAAGAUGGAAGAUGCGCUAUCAGCGGAACGAAAACCUGAAGGAGGCACAGAGAAGACUAUCAAUGAACUUGUAGCAAUCAAGUUGAGAAGCAAGGACAAGCAGCCCAACAUUGACUUGGCACUCAUCCACAGCAACAUCGAACGUCUCGUUCAACAAUUCCGCAGCGUCAGCACGGCCCUCGGUAAAAAACAGGCUUCCAGUGAAACGAUCUUGGAGACUUGCGAUCAUUUGGGGUGGCAGUUGGUUGCCAUAGCGGAUAGCAUUUCAGAAGGUCUGGACAAGAAGGAUAGCCUCGAAUCAAUCGCCAGUCCCUCGUCUGAGGAUCCCCCGACUCUGACGUCCCGGUCAAAUUCGAAUUCCCAAAAUGCUAGUCACGGUCACCCUCCAGCUAAAGACGCGAUAUUAACCGCUCCGCCCUCUUCACCAGUAGUCCUUAAUACGAGCAUCACGCCUUCAUCACCUUCCUUGUCGUUAGCCCCUACCGCGCAACCUGACCCUUCAUCUCGGUCAACCACUCGUACUUCAUCUCAUGAGUCCAACGUAGCAACCACAGCACCUACAUCCCAUUCAUCGGCGCCCCCUGCAUCUCUUGCGGCUGAUGGCGAAUCGGCCUCUUCAUCUAGCGUCGCUCACAAACGCAGCCCUCCCCUUCAAGCAACAUUUACUUCCUCGAGGCCUACGAAAACCAUAUCUUUAGAGCCUGACGUCAUAGCUGUGCCCUCGAAAACUGAAAGCAAAGUAACAAAUAGGCUUUCUCUAGACAGAGAUGAGGAACAGGGAGCACUUGCGGCAACCACGAGGAGUCGCCCACACAUGUUCUUUACGCAGCCUAGGAGGAGAUUUAUUACCUUCAAACGUAAACCGAGCUUGAAGCAGCCACAGUCGCAGUUCCAUUCUUUGGAUUCGGAUUCGGAUUCGGAAGAAGAAAGGAGUUCCUCAACCCACAGCUCGUCGUCAAUUACACAACAAGAUUCUACGACGACCACCGAACAGCGGAAGCCCAGGUCACAGUCAACGAGGGAAAUCGGCGGCUUGGGCGUUGUUCCAUCAACAUUGAAAUGGCACAAGCAGCCCGUUUCUUCGGAACAAUCUAUUCUGUCAAAGGCAAACUCGACUUUCCAAAUAACGAAAACGGUAGCUUCAACAGAUGGCGAACAGGAGUUGAGAACAGGUCUGAGGCAACGGACUGAGUCUUCUCAGCUGAAGUCGUUUGACCCUGGAACCGCCACGAAAUCGACCUCUAUGUCAAGAGCAGUUCGUCGGAAGCAGCCAGGCUCAUCGUCUUCAGAUGAGGAGGAGCUCCGGACACAACCUCGCAAGAGGCAAUGUUUCUAGUUUGACCCAUUUUAAGUCUCGCUUUCGCUUUUAAAUACUUGGUCGUGAAGAUUCAAGAGGAGUCGCAUUGGUUGGUAAUACCUUCGACGGUUAUGAACAUGACCUGUUCGUACCUCGAAACCUUGCAAAGAUCCCUGGGCAACGAUCUUGCCGGCAGUUUUCGAAACAUCCGGAACGCGAACGUCCGCCGGAGUCGUGGAAUACAGUGUCGCACCUGUCCUGGGUUGCGAACGCGACAGUAUGCUAUGUCUUUGGUCAAUGCCCAGUAUUCAGUCUUCUCGACGGACACUAGAUACUGGUGGCCGAUAAUCACCAGGUUCUCUAUCUAGUAUGCACAGAUACCAAUAAGUGACGAAGUUGGUCUGGUGUUGGUAGAUAUUUAGGGACAUAUUUACCAGGGUGUUGACAUGGAGUCUGCGGCUUCUUAUAUAAAUAGGACUUUGAACCAAAGUGCAUUUUCUCGCGUCCCUGUUGAACAUACCUGCUGUAGUAGCAAUUUACCGGUUAUCGACUCCCAUCGAAUG